AUGCCUCUGAACAACAUUCUGGAAGUUGAACUCUUUGAUAUAUGGGGGAUUGAUUUCAUCGGCUCUUUUCCAAAGUCUUUCAAUCAUGAGUACAUUUUGGUCGCUGUGGACUAUGUUUUGAAAUGGGUUGAACCUACGGCAUGUACAUCCAGUGAUGUUAAGAUUGUGAUCAAAUUCCUAAAGAAAAACAUCUUCACUAGAUUUGGAGCACCCCAGGCUAUUAUCAACGAUGGGCCAUUCACUGUGGUACAAGCUGCAAACCAUGGUGCAGUGGAGCUAGAGAAUGACAAAGGUGAGAGGUUUCAGGCAAAUGGCCAUCGGUUGAAGCAUUAUUGGGGUAGAAAGGUGGAUUGUCAAGUUUCCACGAUCUAG